AUGGCUCCAUCUAAGAAGAAGCGAAACCAGUCCAAAUCCAAACCCUCAUCAUCCAAACGUCGCAAGAUCGUGGAGACAGCUCCUGAGGCGCCUAACCAGUCCGAGAAGACUGUCCCUCAACCGACCGUUCCACUCCAGGCUCAGCCUGUAAGCCCGGUAGAUUCAUUGUCCAGUAACGUCUCCUUCAAGCUCCAUCAACGUCUCGAGCGCUAUGACGACCUUGAACCGUCCGGCAUUAUAGUCGACGUUGAGCCACUGGAUGAUAUCAAAGAAUAUGCAUAUAGCACGGUCCUGGGUAGCAAGAAGCUCCGGAUGGUGGAGCAGAUCAAAGUAGUGGAAGCGUUCAUGGCGAAAAUAGCUGAGCUCAGCCGCAGAAACAACAUGAAACAUGAGUGGGUAGGGCUCAUACAUAAUGCUAUUCUUCAAAUGAACCUAGAGAACAGGGAAGCGUUCAGGACUGUUGAAGAUAAAGAACACCGAUCUCGACCUGACAUUUGUGUUGGGUUGAGCGAGUCUCACCUACGAGAGAUCCUAUACAAAGACCCGGAUGAUGCAGCUGCAAAAGAAUUCUGGAAUUAUUUGAAAGAAAAGGAUGGAGUGAUCAGUGAUCCAUAUGCGAAGCCGCAGUAUCUGCGCUUUCCAUUCUUCAUCGUGGAAGUCCGGGCCGACUUCAAUGGAGAUAACCUGCACCAGGCCCAGAAUCGAGCUGCAGUUGGUGCUGCAGGUGCACUCUGGAUGCUUCAGAUGCUCUCUGACAAUAGGCGUGAUACGAAAAGCGCGAAGUCCAAGAAGGGAUUUGAUGUUACCAAUCUUCCGGUAUUCUCACUUGUCUCGGAGGGCGCUACAUUCCAACUCUGGGUUCAUUACCGGAAAAUGGUUCCGGGGGACAGCACGGACAAGAUCGAAUAUUGUUCUGCACAUGUCAAGUCAUGGCAUGCAACAGGGGGAAAAGCCUGUUAUAAGAUUCUGAGAAAUAUUUACGCCAUUCUAAGAUGGGGAGUGGGUGAAUACAAGAAUAAGGUGGUUGAGGCGCUCAAAUCAUAUGUGUGA